AUGUCAUCCAAUGCCUCCGAGCAAGAAGUAUUAGCUGCGGCAAGCAAUUUUGAAGCCAAUCUGUUCCAGCAGAGUCCUAACCAGGAGCAGUACAUGCUCGCUUAUACACGGAAAUUGAAUCAGAUCAAGUAUCGGAUACAAUUACAGACCCAGGGAGUGACGAUGAGUAACGGGAAUACAACCACAACUGGGACCGGUUUAGCCAACUCAAUGUCAGUGGAUAACGGUGCAUUAAUGCAACCACCGCCCACUGGUCCGAUGUUUUCACAAAUCGGUCAGACGUAUAUCAUGGGAGAAACGGGGCUUAAUCCAGUCCCAUCCACACUGGCGCAGGAAAACACAGCCCAACAAUCAAACUCAGUCCCUGUUCCUCCAAUAGCGUCCACCCAACCAGCAUCCUAUUCAAUUCCUGGAUGCAUUGCCACCACAAACACAUCCACGACACUCCAACAGCCACCAGCGACCCAUCCAGGGCAACCUUACAAUUCCUUUCAGAUGCUUGCAAACACCAACCCAAUGAAUGUGAACCCUGCCUUGUCCUCUACCGCAUUCAAAGUAUCCUCGGUGCCGCAUCAAUCACAGACUGCGACUGUACCUCAUGUGCAAGAUCAGCUGAAAUAUCAAACCGAGUCUGGGAUGCUAUCGCAAGUCUCGCAGCAUCCGCCUUUGGCUACGUCUUCCCACUAUUCCAUGGCACGCAUGUCUCCGUCGGGAUAUCACUUUGUAGCUAAUCAAUCUGCUUCGGCCGCGAUGAACCAAGAAUUGGCGUCCGCCAAUGCUUCCAACCCCACGUCUCCGUUUAUUGGUAAUCCUCAGCAAAUGCAAAUGUACAAUUACCGAUUAAAAGUACAGCAGAUGCAGCAACUGAUUCGUCAAAACGGGCAAAUAGCCGCUUAUCAACCUCCAUCAUCGCACCUUCCUUAUUCGCAACAUGUUGUGGCAUACCGUGGUCCACCCUCCGAAGCCACUGGACCGGAACCGGAGAGAUCGAUUGAAAUCAUGGCACCACAGCAGCAGCAACAGCAACAGCAACAGUUAAUGUCUUCACAGGCGGGAAACUAUGCUCUUCAGCUGUUGUACGAAUUGAAAAACAACAUACAGAAAACAAGAGGCACGUUGUCGGAGGAAGAGAAAGCAGUGAUUCAUGAACGCAUGAUGCUUAUGAAGCCGCUGUACAAGACGGUGGAGGCUUCUCUUCCACUAUUUAUGAUGAUUUCAUGGAACAUGGAAGCCACACGAAAAAUGAUUUUGCUCAUGUACCUGUACGAGGACCAAUUGCUCCUGUUGUCUCAAAAUCAAUUCAUCAUGACUUUUAACACGGUCGUACGCUUGCAAAACCAAUUCAAUGGAUUUUGUAACUGGAUCAAUCACAGCAGAGCCAUGGCGCUUCAGCAACAUCAACAGAGACUCCAGGCAUCGCAGCAACAGCCUUUCAUGGCGAUAAAUUCUACCCAGAACAGGACCAGUUACACUAUGGCCAUGCCGAUGGCGGCCUCAACGAUGGCUCCUUCGCAAGAAUACGUGACCUCCCAGUUGCAGCUUUCAUCUUCUUCAGGAAUGCAGCAAAUGAACUUGUCGUCUUCGCCAGAUCCCCCUUCGGCUUCGCAUGUCACAGCGCACAAUAAUCAUUCAUCAGGGCUGUACCAAAUGCCGCUGAUGCCAGAAGUUCAGCCCCAAAACACCACCGCUGAAGCUGGGCCGCAAAGCAACAGCGUGGAAAAGUUGGAUACCACAAUGAUCCAACAGGGUCAAAAGACACCAACUGCCAUGGAACGUAAUUUAUCCGAAACGUCCCCCAAUAUCCCGGUGCCCAAACGAAAGAACACGAAAAAGUCGCGAAGCCAAGCCAACCGCCCGGGGCCAGCAGAAACAUCCCUGUCAUACACCGAAGAAAAGGAAACCACGCCUUUGCCUGUGACCAGAAAUCACACGCAACCGCUUAAGGGCGCGCCUACCGACCCGUCUUCUGGAGUCCAAGCUUUUGGCAAAGAAUAUACCGAUAAUCAAACAGAUUAUGAUUCGCCUAUCCCCAUGGCGAGAUCACCUCAAGGCAUCAAACGUCGCAAUACAGACACCAAACAGUCGAAAAAGACGAAAAAACCUACCAAGAAGAAGCAAACCGCUCAGUCCAAGCGGGUGCAACGUAUGAAAGAUACCACAGACAAGGAAAUCAACGAAUCACUCGUCUCGCCUCGCAGCCCUUACUCGGUGUUGGGAUCGAAUAGUCCGCUGCAGAGCGCCACAAAACGCCCAAGCUUGACUAAGACGGCCAAGCCCGAAGACAAAGACGCUUAUCAAUCCAUGUGGGAUUUAUCAACGCCAACAAUGACACCGAACAAUGGCUUGGCCACUUACAACAGCGAAUCCCACGAAGUGAUUAGUCACGCCUCCAGUAAUGCGGAUUCCCUAUUAUCAGCGACACCGUCCAUGUCGACUGCUCUAAGUUCGUCAAUUUCACCCACCCUACUGUCGAUGGAACAUGUGGCUUCUGCGUCCACCACGACAGGUCAAUCACCUGUUUUCGAGAUAUCGCAAAUUGCCUCGCAGCUUUCGCUCAUGAAUGGUCCACAGCAACAACGCCAUGUUCAAGACAACACCUCCACCAUGCUGUUCAACGGCGCUCCAUCGUCAUGGCAAAUCGCUCAAGGUCAAGGCAACACGGGCGCGACCAUGGAUCCUGACAACUAUCCCGUCGAUCUGUAUAACGCAAUCUCCGAGAAUUCCAUGGCGUCGGCAUUAAAAGAAGGAUUCAAGGAUGAGACAUUUUAUGCCGGCGAAUCCUUACUGCUGAAAUUGCCCACCAACACGGAUGCCUUUGACGCGAAUACCAUUCAUUCCUGGCAUAAUCUCGAUAUUGGCGACGACCUUUUUGGAGUCAAUGAAGGCAUGGAAAUGCUGAACUAG